AACCGAAUAAUCCUAUAUUUAAAAACCGACACUGUGGUUCACAUUUUUUUAAAAUUUUCAUAUAUACCAUUUUUUACAUUUUCUAAUAAAAAACAUGUCUUCUUCUUCUAACUAUGAAUGCGUUAAUUGGAUUGAAGAAGCUAUUUCGAAUAAGUAUCUUGAAUAUUAUAAAUUCGAGGAGUUCAAGAAUAUUGAAUCGGUUGGUACUUGCGAUAAUGUUGGGACUACUUAUCGCGCUAAUUGGAAAAAUUGGAGGCAAAUUUUCGGGUUAAAAAAUCUUUUUUAUAUUAAUGACACCACUGUUAAGGAACUUGUUAAUGAGCUUAAACUUCAUCGUAAAGUUGAUUUUCAUGAUAAUAUAAUCAACUUCUAUGGCGUAAGUGAGGCGUGCUCAGGUUCAGGUAUUAAGAAAUAUUUGUUAGUAGUGGAUUAUGCCGACUGUGGUUCUCUCAAACAAUAUUUGGGAGAUAACUUUAAUAAACUCACUUGGAAAGAUAAAUUCCAAUUGGCAUACCAACUGACUAACGUUAUGUCAUACUUACAUUAUGAAGGAAUUGUGCAUCGUGAUUUGCACUCCGGUAAUGUAUUGGUCCAUCGGGGUAAUAUCAAGUUGGCCGAUCUUGGGUUGUCGAGAAAGCUUAGGGAAGCUAUGUCGAUUAAGGAAUCAAUUGAUUUGGUUCCUUAUAUUGAACCAAAAAGAUUAGCUGACCAAAAGUACCCGAUAGAUGAAAAAAGCGAUGUAUAUAGUGUUGGCGUGCUAUUAUGGGAGAUAUCAAGUGGAAAACCACCUCUUAACUUUCUCCAAAAAGACGGGCCUUACAAAUUAAAUAGCAAUUUUUUAGCACUGAAAAUCUAUCAAGGCCAGAGAGAGAACAUAGUUCCUGGUACCCCUAAAGAUUAUUAUGACCUUUAUCAAGAAUGUUGGGAUGGUGAACCAAAUAAACGACCAACUAUGAUAAAAGUUGCGGAGGAAUUAAAAAAAAUUAUUAUGAAAUGUAAUUUAAUAAGUAAUAUAAUUUAUAAUAUAUAUUUAAUUACAAACCUCGGGAAGGGGAAGAGGUUUGAUGCGUACGUUCUUAAUUAUUUUAAUGAUAAUCAAAUUGAACCAAAAGCUCUCUAUAAUUGGCUAUUAAAUAAUCAGCCAAAUUCAGAUUCUAUUUUUUUAUUAGGGUAUUUAUAUUAUUAUGGAAUCGGAGUAGACGCUUCUUACGAGAAAGCGUUCAAUUUAUUUACAUCAGAAUUAAACCACACAUUAGCAUUAUAUUAUGUUGGACUUUGUUAUCAAAAUGGACAUGGGGUUGAAAAAAACGAGAACUCAGCUUUUGAAUAUUUCGAAUUCUUGGCCAAGAAAAAUAUUGCCAUGGGGCAGGUUAAGAUAGGCUAUCUUUAUAAGCGCCUUAAACGAGAUCAAGAUGCUAUUUAUUGGUAUAAAAUAGCUGCAGAAAAUGGAAAUCUUAUGGCAAUGUAUAAUCUUGCAAAUAAAUAUCUUGGUUUGAAAGAUUACGAAAAUGCUAUUAAGUUUCUCGAAAAAGCGGCGGAAGGAGAAUAUGUAGAAGCAAUAAAUGCAUUGGGAUAUUGCAAUGAAAAUGGACUUGGAACUAUGAUUAAUCUUAAGAAAGCGGAAGAGUUAUACACCAAGGCGGCAAAAUUAGGAGAUUCCAAAUCUGCUAAUAAUCUGGGUGAAAUGUUAUUUCAAGAUAGCGAUGAAAAUAAAGAGAACUUGGCACGGGCGAUUAUCUGGUUUAAAGAAGCAGCCGACCUUGGGGAUGAUGUUGCCCACAGGAAUUUGAAAAUUUUAAGCCAAAAUCCCAGUGUUCUCGAAGACCUUAAAAAUUUGGGUGAACAAGGUUGUAAAAAUAGUGCGAUAAUGAUUCUGAUGGGGAUUCCAUAAAAAUUAGAGCUGGUUCAUCAAAUAAUUU